GUCAGCAGGAGCUGUUCAAAGUGCCGUGGUGCUGAAGAGACAACUCUCCUCGCCUCGCCUCUCCUCUGCGCUCAGUCGGCCAGCCAGCCAGUCGCUCGCUCGGGUCGCUCGGUCGGUCCGCAGCCAUCAGCUCCGGGGUCCGUGAACGCUGGAUUUCACCGCCGCAAACACCGUUAAUUAGCGCUCAUUGACGGCAGGAUACGGAAGACGAAAAAAACCAAAAACUACCAGCACCGUUUACACAUCAUCUGAAGCCCAUGUGGGAGAGAUUUCCAACAAGUCCACAGGAAAUGGUGAUGUUUAAUGGCCGCCCCCUCCCGAGGUCAUUGGAGUCCUCGCAAUCAUAGAUCCAUCAUCAACUGAAAAGCUCUCAUCAUGGAAACCCCCUACCCACAGACAGCAAUCCAUGACCCCUCCUGUAGAUGGUGUAAUUGCUGAGGGAGGGGUAGUGAGACUGAGAUAAGCUUGCCUGUGAAGAUAAAAAUCACCCAAACCAUGUAGUGUACCUCUCUCUAAGGAGGGGGGAGGGUCUACAUUCGAGUCUGAUUUAUUUUAUAUUUAUUUCUGUUUAUGUAAUCUCUGGAACAGAUUAGUGUUUGCUUGUUUAAAGAGUGUAUGUGGGUGUGGACAGAGCGUGCGAGGUGAGGAGAAAGCGACAGAGAGGAAGAAAGAGAGAGAAAGAAAGAAAGAGAUGGUCCUCCACACCACCCCUUACUCCAGUGCCUGCCUGCACUUCCUGGAUGGCUUGUCGUGGAGCCUGGUGUUCCCCUGCUACUGGCUCCUGGACCGGCUCCUGGCCUCCUGCGUGGCCACCUCACUGGAGAAGCGCCAGCGCUCCCAGGACCCCUGCUCCUUCCUCACCCUGUGUGUCCUGAUCUCUGCGCCCCUUUACCUGCUCCUCCUCCUUGCAUCCCUGCCCUUCGCUCUGCUGGGCUUCAUUAUCUGGGCUCCCCUGCAGGCCAUCCGCCAGCCCUACCUGUACACCUACCGCAGACCAGACAAACACCAGGCCGAGCAGGGCCAGGCCGGGCCAGGGGGUGUUGGGAUUGGGGAAUGGAGGCCACAAGGCAGAAGCUUCUGUUUCAGCAGUGCCAACGUAUGCCUGCUGCCCGACUCCCUGGCCAGGUUCAACAACCUGUCAGACACACACCGGAGAGCCCGGGAGGUUGGAAAGAGGAUCCGCAACGGUGCCAGUCGGCCUCAGAUUAAAAUCUACAUUGACUCACCUACCAACACUUCCAUCAGUGCGGCAUCUUUCAGCAGCCUUGCCACAGGUUUCCGCCGUACCUCCUCUCUGGACCAGCGACCAGACCAUACACACACCACCAAUGGCCCAGCCGAUAACGAAACCGAACCUCUCACUGAGUGCCCGAUUCAUUCCUCAGGUGCCACCGACUGCCCCGUUCACCCCUCUGCAGGAGACCAGGGCUCCUCUGAAUGCCACCAUCACUCAGACCGAGCAGACACGACAGCAGACUGCCCCCUCCACCCUGCAGGGACUAACAGCAACGCAGACUGUCCUGUUCACACCUCAGGGGAGGCUCCAGAUUGCCCCAUGCAUUCCACAGGGGCUCACAAUGGCCAUGGUCAUCAUGACUGCCCCAUGCAUGGAGAGGGGACCCAGCAAAAACCAUCCUCAGACUGCCCACUUCACACCUCAGGGGUUCAAAUCAGUAUCAGCGCCCCAGAACCGGACCCCCAGGAGGAGGAGGCCGAAACAGGGAACCAUCGGCCCGGAGAGCAGGCCGGGGGAGACACGGGCAGCAUGACUGCCUCCAGGGAAUCCCUUGCACGUUACCACGGAAGUGACGGCGGUGUAGGGAUAUCCUCCAACAACACUCUCUCUCACGUCCCUCGCACAUCAAUCUUUAAGCGCCCUGGACGAAAACGCCGCCACGGAGAUGAGACGUUCGACCACGAGAUCUCUGCCUUUUUCCCUGCCAAUCUGGAUUUCCUGGCUCUGCAAGAGGUGUUCGACCAUGGGUCGACGACUAGACUGCGGCGGCAGUUGCAUCGCUACUUCCCCUACGUGCUGAGUGAUGUUGGGCAGUACGGAUGGAAAGGCUGCUGCUCACGGUUCAAAUUCCUGAACAGUGGGCUGAUGCUGGCUAGCCGCUACCCAAUCCUGGAUGCACGGUACGAGUGCUACCCCAACGGGAGAGGGGAGGACGCACUGGCAGCCAAGGGGGCGCUGUUCGCCAAGGUUCAUGUGGGCACCUCCCAUCAGGAGCAAAGGGUUGUGGGAUAUCUCACGUGUACGCACCUCCACGCCAUAGAAGCUGAUGCGUCUGUCCGCUGUGAGCAGCUGGACCUGUUGCUCCAGUGGGGGGCUGAGUUUCGCCAAUCGUCAUCCCAGCCACCUGCAGGAGAGAAGGUGCUGGAAGACCUGGUGGCCUUUGAUGUCAUCCUGGGAGACCUCAACUUUGAUAACUGCUCUUCAGAGGACAAGCUGGAGCAGCAGCAUGCACUUUUUACUCAAUACAAGGACCCAUGUCGCCUGGGGCCAGGGGAGGACAAACCAUGGGCUCUGGGUACUUUACUGGAUCCCAGUGGCCUUUAUGAUGACGAAGUCAGUUCACCUGAAAGUUUACAAAAAGUUAUGGAGAAUGAGGAGGGGAGGAAGGAGUAUCUGGUGUUUCCUCCCAGUAAGAGCCAGUGUCCUGCCAGCAGUCAGAAAGGGAGGAAGAUCCCACUGAAGGGCAAUGGACGCCGCAUUGACUACAUCCUCUACAGCGACGAGGGCCUGCAGCAGGACUGGAAACUGGAAAUCGAGGAGUUCAGUUUCGUCACCCAGCUGGCCGGCAUCACCGACCACCUGUCUGUGGCCAUGCGGUUGGCUGUUUCCACCGGCGAAGAGGAGCCUUAGAUUGACCACCUGAGCUUUUUUUAAAAUACUGCCAUGGAGGAAUGACAGGCAGCCAGGAAGACGAAGAGAUUACAGAUAAGGAGCUGCUUGAGAGAGACUAAAUGUCCUGCGAGAGGAUUGAAGGGACGGAGAGAAUGGACGAGUGAAUCACCGCAGGAGCGCUCGGUGGAUGAAUGGAUACGAAGAGGAGUGAUAUGAAAGAGAAAGACACUGGAGGGGAAAAGAUAAGCAGGGGAAUUCAGUUUAGAAAGCCAGAAAGGUAUUCAUCUUCCUGGGUAAACCACCCACACACAAACACACACACACACACACGCUAUAAAUACAGUACCACACACAAACACAACUGAUCGACAUUUUGACUGUUGAAUAUCGCCUGGCCUCUCCACUCUUCUCCUCCCUGUUGAACUAAUCCAGAGGGUUUUAUUUACAGUGAAUUGUUUCAUGUAGCCGAUUUACACACACUCCUUUUAUUGGAUCUGUUUUAGCUGUAGUAUGAGUAUGAUAUUUUUUUUAUGAUUCUACCUUCAGGGACAGUUGGAUCCUUAUUCUUUAGUGUGUAUAAGGAAAACACAUCAUUUAAGUGAUGAGAGUGAAGCGUACAGCUACUGACUGGCCUUUACACUGACCGUCUGUGUCCUUGUGUUGUACUCCUUUCCUGAAAGGCUAUUGGUCAAUUCAGUCGUUCACCUUACUACUCCCACGUCAGUCCCAGGAACCUCAACAAGUGUCUUUUUUUCUAAAAAAUAAACUAAACUAGUCUUUCUAAAAGAAGAAAAAUAAUAUGAUACAAAAUUUCUAUUGUCGCCACACCACUUUUUAUAGGGAGUUUAAAUGCCUGUUUAAUACUAUAUGGUAUGUUUCUAAUCUGAGGUAUUGUAUAAAGGGACAUGAAACUGAAAAAGUUGUUUGAUGCAAUGCUUAUAGCAUGUUCUUCAGCCAUGACUGGUGGGAGUUAGAUAGGACUUUUUUUUGGUGUAGUAGUGGGAACUGAGGUUUUGCUGAUGCAUGAUGGGAAACGGUGUCAGUUUACAACAUUAAUAUAGCGUCUUGAUACACUUACUUGCUUGCUUGAGUCGGGCUGCUUGACGCGUCAAGAAGCAUUUUGCCCUUGAAAACACACACUUAACUGUAUGCCAGUGUGACAUUUGUGCAUGUGAGACUCCACCCUGCUGGUGACACACACAAUGGUAUGCACAGGAACAUACUGAGGAUUGACACAAAGCAGGCACACAGCUGUACACAUCAUGUUCAGAGGGACUUCAGGUGAUGUAAUAUACCCUCUUGCGGCCAUAUUGGAGGUCCUCUAGUGACAACAUGUGACUUGGCUAUCUUUGAGAGCGUAGAUAUCGUCACUGUAGCUAUCUGGUUAGCGAGCAGCCACUGUCUUGUAAGCGCGUCUGAUUUGUGCACUAGCUAGAAUUCAGUAUACAGCCCAGUUUUUGGUUGGAGCACAACCAGUUGUCCAACGAAUCACCAUGAAAACAGCCAUAUUGUGACGCAACUGCAAAACCUCACAAUACAGAAACAUUUUGAAGACCUACGGGCUACACACAUCCUGUACAAUAUGCCAAGUAUACACCAUCGCAGUUUAUAAAGUUUGAAAGGUCCGAAAGAUUAAGACAGCCCAUCCACAGAUAUAUAGACAUCAUGUAGCGCCAAGGCUAAUGAGUCCAAACCAUCCACAUACAAAAAUGAAGCCAAAAUAUCCUGGAUAUGGCUGCUGCCAUCUUUCACCAAUCAGUCUUAAAAUUACAGAACCCAUCUUUGGGAAACAUUUAUUUGAUAUUGAAAUACUUGUUUGGCCCGUCUGCUAACAUGGAGGCAGCAAGCUUUAUGACCUAUACUGCAUAGAUAGAGAUAAUUUGGCUUCACUUUUGAAGAGCUGUCAUGUCGUCCAUCUUUAUGUUGAUGGUCCAGACAUACAGCAUGCCAAGUACACAAAUGCAUAUGGUAGUGUAACUUGAGGUGUGUUCAGACUGAAAGAAAAACAAACUUUGCUCUGGGCGAUGCAAAAUGAGUCAAAAAGCUCCCGCCCAAAUGUCUCAAUUUAAAGGUCCAGUGUAUAAUCACCUGAAAAUAAGAAUUGUUUUUUUGUUACUUUUGGAAUAAACCAUUUUUAUCUACAGAGGGAGCGGGUCCUCUUCUACGGAGUCUGCCAUGUUUCUACAGUAGCCUAGAAUGGCCAAACACUGGCUGUAGAUGGAGGGAUUCACAGUUUUUCGCUAGUUUCACAGCCACUAUAGUUUCUUGGAAUAGGAGGGUGUGGCGAGAAUGUGUCACACUGAUCCUUUAAGUGAAACCUUUGCAAGGCCUUACGACUCCAGCUCAUGAACAAACAGAGCUAAAAGGAGACGGGUGUGUGAAAAUAAUGCAGUUGAAGUUUUCAGUUAUAUCUUGUACAUUAUGUGGCUAGCUAGCUACAGCUAACGUCUGUACAGUCCCUAAAUUUGCUGUUUGAAGCAACUAAACACAAAAUGCACAAAUAGUGCAAGGCAAAAAUUUGCUUGACAUUCAGUCUGAACACACCUUCAGGGUUUGGGUUAGGCUCACCGUGGGUUGACACAUUGCGUCUGCUGGUGCUUGGAUAACAAUGUACUGCAGGUGCACACCAAUGCAGACAUUAGGACCUCUGGAAUAUUUUCACUCAUAAUAAUGCUGUCAUAGUAUAGCAUUCACAUUCAACUCUCAAUCUCUAACAGGCCUACACAGACCAUGGUGUCAAACAGGAGCUGGAACUUUGUGAAGAGCAGUGUUGAGUCAGUGUAGCUGUUGAGAGACUUGUUGAUACUGAAAGUCUCCUUGUGUCCCCUGUAGCCCUGUUGGCCAUGGUGUCCCCUGUGAACUUGUGCUAUGUUGAGUGAUAGGCUAGUACCAUUACCUCAAACGCUGGAAAAUACAAUGGAAGCAGGUCUGAACCUACAGUAAAACAGUGAAUUUAACGAUUGCUAACAGGUGCCACCAUUCACAGAGUGAAUUGAACUGAGCAAGGGUCUUCUAUUACUUACGAAUUCAACUUUAAAUUUGUAAGAAGGAGACAGUGUUAUUUUUUCUUUCAAGGGUAAUGGUGGCUAGAGCUCUGAUCGGGCCCGAAAAAUCAGGCCAUAACAUUCUGUGUAAGCCUGAACCGAGCCUGAACCGAGCCUGAACCGCAGAAGCAGUUUUGGGCCUAAGCCGAAUAAAUAAUUUCUUACAAGCUAAGGUAAACUACAUUGUGCAUACAAUAUAGUUCAAAUAAUUAUCAAAACUAAUAACAAAUGCACUCAUUAAUUACAGUUGCAUGCAUUAUUAAUAAAAUAUUAAUUAUAUAAAUACAUUUUUAAAUCUAAUUCUGUAUGAGCCCGACCUACGGCCGCAGUUUUGAGCCCGAAAAUCAAAGCUUUAAUAGUGGCCUCCCUAACACUCAACACUAUAUAUGCUGCUAUGUGUUAGCAGGAAACUCCAGAUCAAUGAUCUACUGUACUGGGAACACAUGUUGUCAUCAGUCAACAUGGGAAGACUACCAAAAUCCUGCUGUAUAUUUCUGUUACUGGUGUGUGUAAAAAAAAAAUCCCUAAUGUAGAAGCCUGUUUCUCUGAAUAAAACAUGUAUUACUGUAACAGUGUAGGUUUUCAGAUACUGUUUGAGAUCCAUGGUCUGCAUGGUGAACAAUGUUUACAACAGUUUUUGGACCUGCCUGCCUGUUUCUUGGCACUAGAGAGGAGCUUUGCAAGUGUCACUUUCAACACAGAUGUGUGUAUGUGUGUAUGUUUGGGCAGCUCAUCGCAUUAUAUUUUCUCAAUACAAAUGUGCUAACUGGUGUUUCUCUGAGCACACUGUGGUGAAAAGUAACACAGGAUGGACACAGUGCGCCUGUAGAUGUGUGUGUGUGUGUGUGUGUGUGUGUGUGUGUGUGUGUGUGUGUGUGUGUGGGUGUGUGUGGGCGGUAUGUGUGAGUGAAUGCAGGGAGCAUACUGGUUGUUGUGUUAUGUAUGUUCAACUGUCAUUUUUACAUACAGUCCACUGGUCCACUGCUUUGACACUCUCUAUGUCUCUUUAUGACUCACAUUAUUAUGAUUAUUAUGUCUAAUAUAUUCUUCUUAUUACUGAGGUUUGUAUCUGUGCUUUCUUUUUCAAUUCAAGCUCCACCAUGUUUUGUUUUUUUGGGUUUUUUUUUCUUAGAUUGAGUCUGUGUCAGGUUCUUUUGCGAAUCAACACUCCUCUGGUUAGGGUGAACUUCAAAUGAGAUCAAAUGCUAGAAUAUGUUAUUUACUUGGUAAAUAGUCAUGUGAAUACACUAUAGGUCUACAGUGAGUUUCAGAAAGGUGCCACAGUUUCCCUGAGAAUCAUCUCUUAGGGUGAAAUGGUUUUGACUGUGCCGAUGUAAACAUUUAUUUGAUCACCUUUACUUUUCAACUGUCCUGUUCUGUGACACAACACCUGAAUACUGCCGGACAAUUUAUCGAUAAGUGUGGAGAGACAUCCAAACAGUGGGACUUAUGUAAUGCUCUUAUCUUCAUGAUGAUACCACACUGUAUUGUUUUAGAAAGCUGGAGGUAAUCCAUUUUAUAAUUUAAAGUGUAUUUUGUUUUGCUAAUUGUUCUGUGUUUGUAUUUUUGUAUAUUUUUAUGAAUAACAAAAAGUCUAAAGAAAGUGGGGGGUAAAGAAGAUGACUGGUUGAUUAAAGGUGAGGGUGAUGUGUGUAUACAAGGAGGCUAUGUGGUGGGACCUUGACAUUUUAGUCACUUUAGGUGCUCAUUAAAUUAAUUAUUGGAGGAAAUAUGAGCUCACCAGAUGGAAGGCAAUGUUCUUCACAAUUUCUAAAAGAAAACAAAUAGGUAUGUGGGUGUAAAGUAAGAAAACAUAAGUAAGAUUCUUCCAUUAGUGCUGUCUUUAUCACUUUUUUGGCCACUCAGAGGCAGUUCUGGUUUAGAAAAAUAUCCAGGUCUAAAUUCUCCAAUACGUUCACCAGCUGUCUGUUUUUUGAGCUUCUUCACUGAAAACAGCUGCCUGCUAAAACUAAACUGGAACGUAACUGAUGGAGCAGUGAGACUGUAGCAAAACAGUACCGUUUUGGGCCAAAACAAUGUGCUGAAAGACGCUAAAACGCUAUGUAGAGCUGAGGGGUACUGCAGAGUCAAAUAAUUCCUUGUGGGUUCAUCAAGCAACCCUUUUCACUUUACACAUCUUUAUCCAACCUUCAUAGAAAAAUAUUGAUAAGUGCAGCUUUAUAGAAAUACAAACUAUGUAAAAUCAGUGCAGGAUUACUUCUUCACUGAACAAAUUGGGGUGCUGCUCACUACUGAUCAAAACAGCUGCUUAUUGAUGUACUUUUAGCAUGAUAUGAAGGACAUCUCUCACUGACUAAGUAAAUUGUGUUCUUUCUUACUUUACACUUACUACUGUCAAUUUGCCUCAUUUUUUAACAUUAGCAGUUGCUGAGAAGAUUGCCUACCACCAUAACAAAUUUUACAAGCACCAGAGUGACUGAAAUCCAACCCCAAGUAACCAGUCAUAGCCUCUGAAUUAUUUCUAGGCCCUCUGUGGAGCUACACACUCACCACACAGACCCCCUGCACUGCCAGCACCAUGAGCAAACACAGCUCAGGCUGACCUGAAGGAGUCAAGCAGGGAAGACCUGCUGUGGAGUUGGAUAUCACACCCCAACCAGGGCUCCUCUUCUCAAAUCAUUGUCAGAACCGUGUCACUAUGGAAUGGACAAUUAGAUUGUCCUGAAGGUCAUUGUACUUGUCAUGUGCUGAGACCAAAGACACCAAAAUAAUCUAUGUAUCCCCUGUGCUGAAUGCAAACAAAUAUUAUGUUGAGUGAUAAUCAGAUUAUAAGGACUAAGGAGGAAUAGAAUGUGUGUAUCAAACAUGAGCACUCACAUGUAUUUACUCUAACAGGUUACCCUUGCUUUUCUGGAUAAUUCACAAUGGAUUUCAGCUAAAAUUCAGCCAGGGCUCAGGCAUUAUUUUAGUGUCUAUAAUCUAAAGUAAACCAAUUGUUCAAUUGCUGACAAAUGUCUGUUUCGAGAAUUCCUGAAAUAAUUGUAGUAUUUUGUAACAUUUCUGAUCACCAGUCACUGUCCCCCAUGUGUCCACAUCAAGUUCAGGACAGGAUUAUUCAGUAGUUGGCCGGGGCGCAGCAGGUCCGAGAUGAGCUGUAAGCUUUUGUAGCCGCAUGUACUGUAAUAAUGCUUCAGGCUUGUAGUCUCAGUAGAAGUGAUGCCUCACUUUGCAAUCCUUUUUCUGGUUUGAUUUUCUAUCAUUUUUCUCAAAUGUUAAUGUUUUUUUAAUUGAUUUUUGGUCUUUGGAUGGGGGCUGUUUCUCGAUGGGGUCAUCUUGCUUGGUCUCUGUAAUAUGGAUGGGGGAUCAAUAGCUUUUCUCUUUCUAAGCUUCAUCAACAAACUGCUUAUUUUCUUCUGCUUUUUUAAAAAAGAAACAAAGGAGUUUUCCCUCUUUA